AUGACCGACCAAGCAUCUCUGCUGCUUCGCAAGCAAUUGAAAGAGCUCACCAAGAAUCCUGUGGAGGGCUUCUCGGCAGGGCUCAACGAUGAUAGCAACCUCUUCGAGUGGGCGGUGACAGUAUUAGGCCCCCCGGACACCCUGUAUGAGGGCGGAUUCUUCAAUGCCAUCCUCAAGUUCCCCCCUGACUACCCCCAGUCCCCUCCCGACUGCCGCUUCACCUCCGCCAUGUGGCACCCAAACGUGUUCCCGGACGGGCGCGUCUGCAUCUCGAUCCUGCAUGCCCCUGGCUUCGACCCCUUGAACCCUCAGGAGAGCGCCGCUGAGAAGUGGAGCCCCGUGCACACCGUGGAGAGCAUCGUGCUGUCCAUCAUCAGUAUGCUAUCCUCGCCCAACGACGAGUCCCCCGCCAACAUCGACGCCGCCAAGGAGUGGAGGGAGAACCGGGCAGAGUUCCGGAAGAAGGUGGCACGCAUCGUCAGGCGCAGCCAGGAGGAGCUCUGA